UGCGCGGACCAGGAGCCCACCUACUGCUUCCGGCUGCAGGAGGAGGCGCCCGACAGGGACCGCGACAGCGCCGCCUCCACCAGCGUCUACUCCAUCUACAAGCAGCGCAUCGACCAGAUGUUCGACGAGACGCGCUCCCAGAUGUCCUCGUCAGUCUGCCGAACCACCACCUCCUACAGCUGCUGCCAACAGGAGGAGCGGCGACGGCAACGACGUGAGGAAGGCGGCAGCCGACGUCCGCGCAUCAGCAACAGCGUGCAGGCGCGCAUCGAGAAGAUGUUCGCCGACAUGGCCGAGGCCUCGGGGGCGGCGGCGGCGGCUGCUGCGGCGUCCACGGCGGGUCCUCCGCCUCCUGCGGGGGCGGGGUCGGGCCGCUUCCCCGUGGAGUACCUGGGCGCCGUGCCGCUGCGGGACAAGGUCACCACGCUGAACGGCCUGCAGCAGCCGCUGGCAGACCUCUACCUGGGCAGGCACCACCGCGACGGGGCGGGCGGCGCCGGCUGGCUGGAAAUCUGCGCCGGCGGCCUGCGUGUGGAGGCGCGCGGCCGCCACUGGCUGACCGCCUUCCCCAGCAUCGCCGUCUGGGCCGCCGUCAAGUUCGUGCGCAGGCGCCGCGGCGCCGACGCCCAGUUCGCCUUCCUGCCGCUCAUCGCCGACCCGGACGCCGUCGACAAGGACGCGCUCUUCCGGCCGCUGCCUGCCUCCGCCGGGGCGUACGCAGAGCGGCUGGGCCACUCGCCCGUGCUGGCGGUGGUGAUGCGCGGCGGCCGGCGGCAGCUGGACUGCCACGGCUUCGUGUGCGAGCGCGCCGAGGACGCGGUGGUGGUGGCGGCGGCGCUGUACCAGGCGCUGGUGGCGCACCUGCAGCGCGAGGGCGCGGGCCGCGAGCGGCAGCCCACCAGCCGGCUCGACGGCGUCAGCUACGCGCCCGCCGCCUCCAGCCCCGCACAGGGCACCACCGCGCCGCCGCUGCCGGCGCCCGUCCGCCCGCCCCGCAAGAAGAGGUCCUCCGUCUCUUCCGCCAGCGAGGACGGCGAAGACGCCAUCAAGGUCCUGUCCUCAGAGGAGAUACCACCGCCGCAGAAGUCCGGAAAGAAACAACAGUCACAGUCGAAGACGCAACAGGAGCAAACUCGUAAGUUACCAGCACCAACACCACCGCAUCAGCAGCAGCAACAGGAUGAGCAGCAACAAAAGCACCAGCAGAAGCCACAGUUACCACAGGCGCAUCAGCAGAACCAGAGGCACCAGUUACCACAGCACCAGCUGCAGCAGCAAGAGCAUCAGCAACAGAGGCACCAGUCACCGCAGCAGCAACAGCCUGCAGCCAGCAGCGACCCCAGGAGGAGUGCGGGCCCGGGACCAGACUACCACGACGUCCGGCGUCAGCACAGGCCCGCCCCUGGCGGCGACAUCCUCACCAAGGUCGCCAUUCCACGCAGCAGCAGCUUCCUCAAUGCCGGAGGACCCUUGUCCAGGUACAGUGGACGCGGUGGGGCGGGCGGCGUCGGCGUGGGCGACUGCGCUGCCAGAGGCGUCGGGGGCGGCGGGGGUGGCACCCUGCACAGCAGCGACGGCGGCAGCAGCCCGCUCGGCUUCAACGAGCUGUUCACCGAGUUCCGCGUGCACGAGGGGCUGCACUCCACCGACGACAUCCUGGACGCCAUCAUCGACGCCGAGGGCAUGUCCUUCAACGACCUCAAGCCCAUCUACAAAGAGUUCCUCCUCAAGCUGGCGUUCACGCUGACGCGCGACGAGCUGUACCAGCGCAGCAAGAGCAUCAUGCGGCGCCAGCGCAAGAAGCAGCAGAAACACCGCAAGGGCCUGUACGCCCCCGGGGGCGCUGGGGGCGGCCUCAAGCGCGCCUUUCGCCGCUCCGUCUCCAAGCUGAAGCCCAGGCCGGGCAGCUUCGAGUUCACCUCUGUACUCUUCCAACCGAGGCCAGCUCGAGCGUCCAAGAAGUGCAAGAAGCCGACAUUGGUUACCGGCAAGUGUUCUUCCAGCACGUCGUCAACGUUCUCGUCUCGCAGCCACAAGCUGCGUACGGGAACAAAUCGUUUGCCGAGGCGGCUCAGUAGCCGAAGACGGGCAGGUGCACCUCCUUUGAAGAGGCGUCCAACGGUGAGCACGUCCGAGGAUAGCGACUUCAUGUGUGGCACGGACGUGAGGCUACCUACUCGUGCCAUUCGCAGCCCUGCGCCUGCAACUGCUGCUGGUAACAUGGCCAACAACCGCUCGUCCAGUGGCUACUUCUCAUGCAGUGAGUGCAGCUAUGACAGCGAGUCCUGCACCUGCACAUCUGCAGACAAGUGCUACUGCUCUCUUGGAGGUGGUGGCGGUGGCAAAGUGCCAUUGGCGAGAGGUCACAAGCACGCCCCCAUCACCUCUGGAACAACAUCAUGUGACUCAGAGAGCUGCGGCGCUGGUCGUUGCUGCACAUGUGGCGUCCCCAGGCCAUCAAUGCCCUAUAGACAGGUUUCAAAACAAAUGGAAUCUCCCGACACUGCUUGGAAACGCAACGAGCGCAGAACCCGUGCUGCUCUGCAGCAACAGACAGCAGCACGCAAGAGAAUGGAUGUGUACAGUGAUGUGGCAGUCCGUCCACAGUACCACCUGCCCAGUGAUUUCCGUGACUUCAGCAGCACUUCAGAUCUCGCACUUGACUAUGAGCUCUUCACAGUCGCCAAGUCAGACAGAAACAGUGUCUGUGAAGAUCGUAAGGUACUAGUUGUGUCUGCUCGUGACCCACGAGGCCGCCUGCUGUAUGUUGGCCCUGCAUCCUGCCGAGCCAGUUCGAGCAGUGAUUCACAGCGACGCUCACACAAAGCUAGGGCACCACCGAGGCCUGGAAACUCAGCGGGAUCUGAAGCACUCUCAGUGAAGAAAUCCGCUGAAAUUGCAGCACUUUUCUCGAAACAAGCUCUUUCAGCUCCUAAUGAUGAAGUAUUUUACAACACACUCGAGCCACCAGACUAUUAUUUGACAGCAAGAGGACCCAAGACUGCAUCAAAUUAUAUGGCAAGCAACUUAGAGAACUCACUUGGAUAUCUACCAUAGGAGUGUCAUUAAGAACAGCUGCACAUCUUUCUGCUCAUGCGUACAAACAGUUUUGAUUGCCUUUGUUUGGGAAGCAGCUAUACUAAAUAUCCUCCUCCUCCUUAUCCUCCUCCUCCUCCUCCAACAACAAUAACAAAGUAUACAUUAAUGUUAUAAAAUAAUGUGAGCUAAAAUAAAACUAAAAUACAAAGCUGUGAAAAGUGAAAGUUAAAUAGUGAUGAGAUUGCAUGUCUGGUACCUUCAUAGUUUACUCAGUGAGCAAAAGAAGUAACUUUAGUUUUUCAUGGGUGAGGACUGCUAAGUUUUGACCUCAACUUGCUAUUGUUAUAGUGUGUGAUGUGUUAAUAUUACUGCUUAAAAUCUAAUUAAAAGCUGUCUAAUACAUUCAGAUUCAUUGAAUAUUGUGUUAAUGAAUGAACUGUGGAAAAGUUGCUGCCAACGUCUUGCAAGUACUUUCUUCUGGACAGGAGUUAUCCUGUAUUACAGACAGGAUAACCAAGACAUGUUCACGGAGGACCUACCCUAAAUGUUGUAUGAAAAGCUUGUCAUGAUGUGUUACCUCAUAGUUUCUAUGUAUGAGUCACAAUGUCCUGUAAACGAUAUAACUCAGAAAGCAACCAAGAAUUCAAUAACAUGGCAAGUUCAGAUGUGAUCAGUGUCAUAAAGUGUGAUGAUAACCAAUAAGGGGGGAAAAUGUGCAAUAUAACUGAUAUGAAAAAAUGUGCAAUAUUCUUAACCUUUUAUUUAUAUAAAAAACUUGUGUACAUAAAUAUACAGACAAAUGUGUGAAUACAAAUUGCUUUCAUUA